AUGGAGCUCAAUCCUGUCAACGUGGAGUCCAUGGUGGAGAACCAAAACUUCAAUAUCAACAGCUUCAGGAAACCUCUUGUCGUGGACUGCACUGGAUAUGACGAAUCACACAAGAUCAAGUCAUUCCAUGGACUGGAUCACUUGGUGAUGGGCAUUGAGGUCAACCAAAUCACCUCCAAGUGUUUGGCAAAGAUCAGGAAGUUCUCAUUCAACAUGCAUAGACAUCACUUUGUCUGUCACAACAAGAGAGUACCAUUCUCCCAGAUUGAUGAGAUUAGGAUUGGACAAAAGACCAACAGGUUCAACAAUUUCCAAACCAAGUGCCUUCCAGAGCACUCGCGUGACUAUGCCGAUGUAAAAUCAUUCUCGGUCAUAUACAUUGGCCAAAGACAUACGGUCAAGUCUUUGGACUUUAUCUGUGAGACAGAGGCCGAGCGCAAGGUACUCGUGUCAGCACUCUAUUACACGGUAACCAAUGCCAAGGCCACAGACAAUGAGAUGGGCUUUGUCAAGAGCGAGUUUGACAAGUUUGGCAAGGAGUCGCUUAACCUCAAUGAGACCAAGAAGCUGUUGGAGAUGCUCAACUACAGCACCAACUCAGAGUUCCUCAAUCAGAUGAUCAGCAUGGUCGAUCGCAAUGAUGACCAGAACCUCGACUUUAUCGAGUUCUCUGACCUCCUCCAUUAUCUGCGCGCACGUCCCGAGCUCAAGCUACUCAUGGAGAGAUACAGCCAGCCAGACCAACCAACCACAAUCACAGUUCAAAAGCUCAUUGAGUUCUUUAGGAAUGAGCAACAUGAAGAAUGGUCUGAGGCUCAGGUCCACGAACUCACCUCCAAGUACAAUGCAGCGGAUCCAAACUCAAUAUCAUUUGAUCAUUUCGAGAACUACCUUACCAGUGAUGAGAACUUGGCCGUCCAUCCAAAGGUUAGACAGAUGUACCAAGACACCAAUCACCCAAUCUCUCACUAUUGGAUCAACUCAUCACAUAACACCUAUCUCUCUGGACAUCAACUCAAGGGUCAUUCAUCCAGUGAGAUGUACUUGCAGACAUUGAAGUCAGGUUGUCGCUGUGUAGAACUUGAUGUCUGGGAUGCACCUGAUGGAGAACCAAUGAUAUUCCAUGGCAAUACAUUGACAUCACAGAUCAAGUUCUCACAUGUUCUUGAGACUAUCAAGUCAAGUGCUUUUGCUACAUCACCAUAUCCAGUCAUCCUGAGUUUGGAAGUGCAUUGCUCGGAGGAGCAACAAAAGGUGAUGGCACAUCACUUGGUCACAAUCCUUGGCGAAAUGUUGCCACCAGUGUUGGACGACAAUGCCAAGGUAUUCCCAACUUUGGAGCAAUUGAAGUACAAGUUCUUGCUCAAGUUCAAGAGGAUAUCAUCCAACCCACAUGACCAGGACGUCACAGACGAGAGCGAUGAAUACGACGAGGAGAACCCACCCUCGUUCGAGGAGACCGACGCUCACCCUGAGGAGGAGCACAAGAAACACUCGAUCCGCGGUGUCCUCAGGUCGGGCUUCUCCAAGAUCAAGAGUCUCAAGGACAGACAUAAGGACAAGGACAGCGCCAAGGAGGCGGCCAAGAAGAAGGAGAAGGGCAAGAUCGCCGUGGAGCUCUCCAACCUCAUCUACUUGAGCUCGUCCAACUUCACAUCGACUGAUGAGACCAUCGCGCGCUCUCCCGCCUACAUGCACUCGUUCUCCGAGAGCAAGGUCAAGGAGUUCUACUCGGGCAACUUUGACACUUGCAGCGGCAUCCACAUGUCGCAGACUCACAUGAUCCGUGUGUACCCGCGCGGCACCAGGUUCGGCAGCUCCAACUACGAUCCGUUGCCAUCGUGGGUUGCCGGUUUCCAACUGGUCGCCCUCAAUCAUCAGACCAGCGCCGAGCCCAUGUGGCUCAACGAGGGUAUGUUUGAGGACAAUGGUUGCAGUGGCUACGUGUUGAAGCCCACCUCACUCCUGCCAUCUUGGAGCUCGGAUCAUGGCUAUCCAUAUGACCCCAGCGUUGCCAUGAGAUACCCAGGCUCCAAGUUCACCUCGGUCAUCAUCGAGAUCCUAAGCGCACGUCAAUUGCCCAAGUACUCCAAGACCACCAAAGGAGAGGUGAUUGAUCCAUUCGUCACAAUUUCCAUCCAUGGACAACCUGGUGACCAAGCCGACUACAAGACCAAAGUGAUUGAUAACAAUGGAUUCAAUCCUUAUUGGGGAGAGACAUGCAACUUCCCACUGUAUAAUAGUCAAGUUGGCUUGUUGUUGAUUAGAGUUGAUGAUAAGGACUCGUUGGGCAGACAUAAUAGGAUUGGACAUUACGCCACCAGGCUGGAGAAUCUUAGACAAGGCUACAGAGUCAUUCGUCUACGCAAUGACCUAGGCAACGUCAUUCCGCUUUGCACACUUCUUGUCAAGAUCACAUUGAUCGACGAAGAGAAUACAUACAGAUCAACACCAUUGGUACAGUGA